AUGACCCAGCCUUUCCCCAAGUUCUACAUUAUCCGCCCGGAUGGCUCUCUUACUCCUCUGAUACCUGUCGACGAACUCCCUAAAUGGGUAUCCUUUGCCAACUGGGACCCGGAAGACAUCUCUAUGUAUUCCUACAUGUACGCAGCCAGUCUGACCAGCUUCCCUCGGGAAGGCGAGUACGACCUCGUUUGCCACAACUGUUUCGCACAAGUCGACGGACACCAUCGCAGCGUUUCAGAACAGAGUGACCUCGGCAUCUCGAUGCCCCUCCCCGCUCUCACUUACGGAGAUGCCAUCAGCAUGUCGGGUUCGGCCCUGGGCCCGGCUCCCUCGCAGAUCACCAAGGUGCCUCUCUUGUCGACGAUUUCGAAGCGGCCACCAUUCCACGCGAACCUGUACAGCCCCUUCGUAGGUAUGUGCCUUGUCAGCUUUCCUCGUUUGCGAUGGCCUUUCCGGCUCGGGUCGACAGCUCAGGAUCAGGAGCAGAAUCAAGACCAGGAUCAGAAUCAAGACCAGAAUCAGAAUCAAAACCAGGAUCAGAAUCAGGAUCGAGAUCAUACCGAUGAGGGGCAAGGAAACGAAGAACGGCAUGGAAGAAGACGUCUUCCCAGUACUUCAUCAUCAGAGGCCGAAGUUGAAUCAGAUAUCGAAGAGGCAAUACUGACACCUUUGUUGGAAGGAUUGAACAGAUUAAGACAGGAUGCACGAGAUGCAUCAUUUGAUGACCUUGAACUUGGAUAUGGAACUUUCCCUCGCGAUUCGCCUUAUCUCGAAGGUGCAAGUGAGCCUUCUAAGCCUGUGCAGUCGGAUGAGGGCUCGGCCGCAAGGAACGUGGCUCCCAAGAGGUCGAUCAUCGUCCACACAGUUUCGAGCUCGCGGCGGGGGACUAAGAGAGUGCGAUUCGAUCCACUUAAGUGCGACUAA